AUGUAUGGAAUAAGUUGGGGUAAAAUAUUAAAUUGUCUUAUUUUUCUACCAAUAAUUAUUUUGUUAAAUUAUCUAUCAUUAUUAAUAACUUAUUCAGAGCAGGGAUUUUUUUGUAAUGAUGAUGAGAUUUACCAUCCAUUUAGAGAAGAUACUAUUUCAUCAAAAUUAAUCUCAAGAACAAAUAAAAUGAUAACAGUUAUAGUUGUAAUAAUGGGAGAAGUUUUUCUUUAUUAUUCAAAAAAAAAUGAAAGGAAUAAAAAUAUAUUGAUAAGAAAUGUAGUAUUUUUUUUAUUAAUUUUUUAUAUAGGAGAUAUGGCAUUAGAAGGAACAGGAAAUAUGGCAAAAAGAAUAAUUUCUAGGUUACGUCCAAAUUAUAUAUCUGUUUGCCAACCACAGGAUAUGAAAAAAAUAUGUCCAGAAAAAUUUUACUCACAAAAAUAUGUAUCAAAUUAUACUUGUUUAGGUUCUUCAGAUCCAGAUGAACAUUAUGCUUUUCCAAGUGGCCAUUCUAGUCAUUCAUCUUAUUUGGCAUUUAUUAUUACUUUUUAUCUUCAAUAUCGCACCCCAAAUUUAUGGGGCGUUGUAAAACAUCUUAUUCAAUUAUUAGUGGUAGCUUUAUCAAUUUUUGUUUCUCUUAGUAGAGUUCGUGAUUUUAAACAUCGUCUAAGUGACAUUUCAGGAGGUAUUUUAUUAGGAAUAUUAUUUGGAUAUGGAACAAUAUAUCUUGUAUUAGGUGGAUUUAAGAAAAAAGUAGAAAAAUUAAGAAAUUAUUAUUAUUUAUCUUAA